UCUGUUGGUUAAGUUAAUUAAACAUUUUAAACGUUAAUUGACAAUGUGGAUCUCAGAUGUUUUCUUUCUUUCAGUGUGUAUUUUAUCAAGUACUGCAGUUGGAAUUUACUACAACUUUGAUGGAGAUGAAGGAACCAGUGCAUCAUUGAGUUGUAAUGGAGAAGCAGUAUUAGUGUCUUAUUACACUGACUAUGUAUACCCAUUAAAUCCAUACAUUGUUAUAGAUGAAGUAAAAUACACAUUAGAGUCCUUUAAUGAUUGUCUACAUAAUUAUACAUAUGGUGUAAAGAACAAAUGUGACAAUGAAACAACUUGUAAUUUUCAAAUAUCCAAUGAGUUAGUUGGGAGUUCCUGUGGCACUAGAGGAAGUGCAUCGUUAACUAUACGCUACCACUGUGUCCGAGACGGGGCCUGGACAACAUGGAAUUCCUGGGGUGUUUGUUCUAGAAAUUGUGGAGGUGGCUAUAGAACUCGGACACGGACUUGUACUAAUCCUUCACCAAAUGAGUUCAGUAAAAAUCUAGUUUGUAUGCAUGGUAAUGUGAAUCAGAUAGAAAGAUGUAACUUUGGAACUUGCUCAUAUUCUAGUCAUCUUUAUAAAAGUAGUUAUUUUAAUCCAACUUGUUAUAAUCACAAUACCAAUGGAAGUCUAACUGUUACCUCUGCUUCGUGGCAUAAUGGUUGUGGGUGUGUAUGGCACAAUGUAGCUGAAACAUUUCAGACCCCAUGUAAUAAUUACUAUACAUGUUCUGUUCCUGUUGGACCUAAUAAUUUACCUAAUUGUAAUGACAAAUGCUAUCAAACACACAGUUCAACAAAUGAAUAUAAUGAGGUUAGAUAUUAUGUAACUUAUCACCAAGAAGUUUGUGAUACUUUGGACUAUACAUAUACAUGUAAAAUUCCUCAAUGGUCUCAGUGGACUGAGUGGUCCGACUGUUCUCAAACAUGUGAUAGAGGAUCUCAGAAUAGAACACGUUAUUGUGAACCGGACACAGAAUCAGACACAAAUGAUGGCUAUAUAAACAGAUGUGGACAGAAAUAUGAUGAAACACACAUACUAGAGACCAGGGAAUGUUUACUAAUAGGGAAUCAUCCAUAUUGUACUUACUGUGAAGACAGAACAUUUAUUUAUGGUGAUGAAGUGGCAUUAAGAACUGCAGAAAAUGACACAGAUGAAGGAAAUGCUGUCUUGUUGAAGAAUGAUAUAGACAUCAUUAGAUGUUGUGGAUUAAUUACAUAUUGGGAAUUUUUUGUAAUCAAUCCUGGAACUUUGAAGUUGAUUGUAUGGAGAUCUACCAGUAAUGAUAGCAGCUAUAAAGUUGUAGGAACCAACUCUGUCAACAUUUCUGAUGCUGAUGUCAAUAAGAUAUUCAAAUUUAUACCUGACAGUGCUGACCGUAUCACAAUUAUAGCAGAUGAUUUAAUUGGAUGGUUUGAUGAUGGUGCUAAUAUAAUUGGCUAUGACAACUGUAGUUCUACAUACAAUGCAUCAACUAGUAAUCAUCGGGACCUACGACCAAAUUACUGCCCAACACAGACCUAUAAAAUGACAUUGGACAUGGAACCAGAAGAUGAAGAUGUUGUCCUUUGGUCUGGUACCCGUUACAUUGACAGAGUAUAUGUGAUGCAGUACACUACAGUGGAAAAUACUCUUCCAUAUCUCAACCUGUCAAGAUAUCACAAGACUAUACCUGACCAUUCAUAUAUAGACUUUAGUAUUAUGGACUUUUACUUCAAUGAUACAGAUUAUGCUGACUGGUUUGUUUUAGUUAAACCAGAACAUGAUAGGGAUCCAUAUUUCUAUUAUGAUACUUUUGCAAAAACUGUUCAUGUGAAAGACCAACUUCCCCAUAUUAGUGGUACACAGAAUUAUAUUCAUGAAUUCAUUGUAUGGGCUGAAGAUUCUUGUUACAAUAGAGUUACGGGAACUGUAACAAUAACAUCAUUCAAUGGACCUCCUACAUUUCCUGAUUUACCAAAGAAGAUAUCGAUAAGUGAGUCAAAGAGAGGAGCACUAUAUACGUUUAGUGUUGACGAUCCAUCGUAUGGACCAGACAACAUCACAUGUCAAUACGAAAGAGCAAUACCAAAUUCAGAAAGCCAGAAAUUUUAUAUUGAGGGUAAGACAAUAUACCUCUACAGCAAUGCUACACUGGACAAAGACCUGAAUCCUGAAUAUGAGAUUGUAAUAUCUUGUGAUGAUGGAACAGACACAUCAGUCACUUUCCUUAAAAUAGAAAUAACUAAAGAAAUAACAGACUCAGAAGCACCUCCAGAUUUUGUCUUGAUAGAGACUGGUGUCAUCUUUGCUGGUACCUUUAUUGCUGUAGCCAUUAAUGUAGGUGCUAUAUAUACUAUAAUGAUGAACUCAUUGGUUAUAACUCCAUGAAAAUGAAAUACAAUAUUGUAAAAACAGAAAAACUGUAUUUUGCUUGAAUUAAGUCAUAUCUGUUUAUUCAAUUAGGGUUUUCUCUGCAAAAAUUUUAAUAUCCUCAGAUUAUGGUUUGUUGCUUUUAAGACAGUGUAGAUUGUUGGUCGAUCAAAUUGAUUAGUUUGUGAAAAUAUCAUACACUGUAAAUUCAGUAAUUAAUCCAAGGUUUUUAUUAUAGAGAAUAAUGCCACUAGGUGAGUAUCCCAAUAAUAAGAAGUCACAUUCUGAUCACUGCCUGUAACCGAGGAAGGCAGAAAGUGAUUUUCCCCCGAUUACAGUACUGAUUUUCCCGAUUGAUUACUGAUUUUUCCCCGAUUUUCCUAUGUAGAGAACAUCAAAAGGGUAAUUAUAUAUGAAUUAAAGAAAAUCUGUGUCAAUAAUUAUGCAACCUUCCUUUUCAUUCAUACAUUUUUAUCAUUGACCUCCCAUGGACAAUAUGGAUUUUAAUGACCAAUCCUAAAAAUAGAAACUUUUCCGAAGCAAGGAAUUCAUGGGAAGUGAUUUUCUUAUAUUAUUCAAAUAUCUAAAUGUUAUUUCUCUAAUUAUAGAAUACUUAUUCAAAUGUGCAAAUUAAGUAAGCUUAAAGCUGGAAGUACUUUUUUAAGGAGAUUAGGAAAAUACUAAAAAAAAUAUGAUUUCAAUUUCUGAAGCAGUGUACUGAUUGUCCACUAUCAGUGUACAGAUUGUCCCAGAGAAGAUGAAGUUAAUUACAGAUUUUCCCCGAUUUUCUCUUAUAGCAUCAUAAGGAAAAAGGUUCAUUCUAAGUUUUAUCUUUAACUGUUACUUGCAAAAAAAUAUCAACUUUCUAAAAAUGUCAUUUUUGAAGAAAUAGUAGCUCACCAUCAGAAGACACAUCCAUCUGAAAAACUUGUCAUUUGGAGAAGACUUGAAGAGGGUGGUGAAAGAUAACAUACCAUGCAUUCAUUCCAGAACUUCUUGACAGAGAAGGAAAAACUUUUAUUGAAAUACAAGAUGAAAAAAUUAUAAUUUGUAACUUAUCAACAAAUACACCACAAAAGAUUAUCAAAAAAGGCAAAUCAUCACAAUCUCUAACCUUUUCAGACAAUUUAUCAAAUUCACCAAACUAUGAAUCCAGAAAUAUACAAACAGUAAGUUAUGAACCCCAAGCAAGAAGAAACCUGUUUAAAGUUUCAGAAUCAAACAAUGAAAUAUCAAUGAACAAAAAAAUCUCUAAUUCAAUUUUAUAUAUAAAAUUAUAGAAUUACAGGUUUGCAGGAAAAUUUUUCAUAUAUUCCACUAUUUUUAUUAGCACAUGCCUAAGUGUAAUGAAGAUCCACAUAUAAGCUUUAUUUUUGAAGGAUUAGCUUUUUCAAAAUCGGGGACAAUCUGUAUAGGUGUCAGGGAAAAUCUGUAAUCAACACAAGCUGAUCGGGGACAAUCUGUACACCAAAGCUCAAGUUUAAUUGCUAGUUUUUUUCCCAUUUAAAUGCUUAUUUUGUCCAAAUUUCUACUUGCAUUUUUCAGAUUAUUAUAUUUGAACAAAAUUUCAUGAAAAAAAUCUAAUUUAUAUUCCCAGUUUUCUAAAAGCAGACUAAAACAGAUUUUUUUUACUCAAAUCAGCUACAACAACAUCAAAACAAAGAAUAAGGAAGGUCAUGAUGUAACUUCAAAGCAAUCCCACCUCAGGAUAUCACUUACUAAUGACUGCUGACCAGACAGAAUAAAUGAUCUUUAACCAAUUGAUUAGUUCAAGCUACUUAAAUUGAAUAACAGAACUAUAGUGUAAAAUUUAUCAUGAACAAUCAGUACAAAAUCGAGGAAAAUCAGUACAUUUUUGUACUAUAAUGGGGGAAAAUCAUUUUCUGCCAUACUCGGUUACAGGCAGUGCUGAUAGUUGAUACAUUUUUGUAUGCAGAUUUUCCUGAAAUCUCAAUAAUUUAUCUCACAUUUUUGUGCUUUCUUCAAAAAUUGCAAUAAUAAAUGCAUGAUAAAUUUGGAAUUUGCAGUAUCAAAUUUAUUUGCAUGGAAAAACGUCUGUUUACAUUCAUGUUUGAUGUAACUUUUGAACAUUUAGUAUGUUUUAAUGGCUGUGAACUUUUGUAACUGAAUGAGUUGCAAUACUGAAACUAUAAAUAUAUUAACCAAUUUUCCUAUUUUUUAUAAGUAGUAUAUAUGUUAUGAACCAAAUUGCUCUGGUUGAACUUGGGUAAUUCUUAGGUAAGAUCAAAGGAAGCCAGUUAUAUUGAUUACAAAAUUGGAUUAAUUGGGAUUCUAACUCCCAACCUCAGUGUUGACACGCUAGUGAUAAAGAAGAUUGACUGCUUAGACUAUACUCAGUCACUGAGGCCCCCUACAAUAUUGGACAAUGAAAAAUGUUUUGAAUAGCUUCAAAAUAAAAAUUGAAAUUGAAACAAUAUUACUUGCAACUAAACUAGUUACAGCAAAGGAGUGAAACUGAAAAGAAACCAAAUCAUACAGAUUGGAUGUAAAACAAAUUUUAAAAUUUAAUUGAACAGUUGCAACAAAGUUGUUUAACAUAUGUAUGGUUUUGGUUGUAAUUGUUAAACAUUAUCAUUAAUUAUUAUAUUGUUUGUUAAAGUAUUCUGUUAGUAUGUUUUUGAUAUAAAUAAAAUGUACAUAUCAUUAGCUUGUAAAUAAAAUGUGCAUAUCAUUAGCUUGUAAAUAAAAUGUUGCAUAUUU